AUGGAUCAAGAUGGAUAUCCUAUCUAUCGUCGUCGCAAUAAUGGUCAAGCUCAUAUUGUGAGAGAGAAAGAAGUUGAUAACAGAGACAUCGUACCAUACAAUGCAUAUCUUUCUAAAUGUUUCAACUGUCACAUAAAUGUGGAAGUUUGUGCCGGAAUGAGAUGUGUCAAGUAUAUACACAAGUACAUUUACAAGGGUUAUAAUCAUACAACGAUGGUGUUGGGAUUGAUAAAUGAGAUCCAACAAUAUCUUGAUGCGAGGUAUAUUGGACCUCCAGAAGCUGCUUGGCGAAUAUUUGGUUAUCCAUUGCAUGUAGAGAUACCAACAGUUGUACACUUAGCACUUCAUUUACCUGGAAUGCACCGCGUUCCUUUUAAUCCUGAUGAAUCAUUUGAAGCAAUUGUUUCUAGAGCUGGCCAACAAAUGCCAACUCUUACUGGUUUUUUUGCAUGUUGCGCUUCUAUGGAAGAUGAAUGUCCAUUCACUUACCAAGAAUUUUCACAACAUUUUGUUUGGCUUAAUUCAGAAAAGAGAUGGAAGCCAAGGCAGCAAGGCUAUGCAAUCGGUAGAAUGUACUUUGCCAGCCCUAAAUGUGGUGAGAGAUUUUAUUUGCAUUUGCUAUUAAUUGUUGUCAAAGGACCAAAAUCGUUUCAAUGCUUACGCAGGGUCAACAAUGUUUUGCAUGAUACAUUUAAAUCAGCAUGUGUUGCAAGAGGACUUUUAGAAGAUGAUGAAGAAUGGAUACAAUGUCUUAAAGAGAUUGGAACCAAUCCUCAGGAAAUUGUUAAACUUCUAUCAACAAUAUACAAAUGCCAAGAUCUAAAAGACAUAAUCUCAGUAAUUUAUCCGCAACUGGAUGUGGCAAUGACAUCGACUGCAACAUUUUUAACUGAAUGUACAAUUCUUUCUGCACGGAAUGAUGAUGUCAGUGCUAUCAAUACUGCAGCAUUGAAUAUUUUUUCGGGUAACACACAUACUUAUUUGGUAGCAGACAAGAUGUCUGAAGAAGAUGAAAUUGAUCUUCAAAUUUUAACUGGAGAAAAAUGUGGCAAUUUGGUAUUUAUACCAAGGAUAUCCUUGAUACCGUCUUCUUCAGAAAUGCCCUUCCGAAUGACAAGACGUCAAUUUCCAGUUCGAUUGGCAUAUGCCUUGACCAUUAAUAAAUCUCAAGGGCAAUCUGUGAAAUUUGUUAGAGUUGAUUUGCGCACACCAGUGUUUAGUCAUGGACAAUUGUAUUUGGCCCUAUCUAGAUGCACAUAUUUUGAUCGUAUAAGUGUCCUCAUUCCCAAUGAUGAGCCAGAUUCUAAUACAAACAUUGUUUAUCCUGAAAUUUUGUUAUAG